UCACGUCGCGGCGACGGUGGCGGCGAGCGGCGUCAGAGCUUGGAGGGGGGGCUGACGUCUGCUGGCGGGUGGUGGUGUAGGAGACGAGAGCUUGCUUAGCUGGUAUCGCUUCUGUCGCAGGAACCCGACGGAGAGUGAGGGAACGAGGGUCGCUUUCGGGGGCUGCCGCCUUCCGCGUACGCGUCGUCGUGAGGAGCGCAGCCCGGACUCUCCUACAAUCCCUCCGGCUCCUUUUUCGCACGCCUCGAGGCAGCGGCGGCAACUGAGACAGCGUCUCACCUCCCCCACCCCUUCCCCUUGUCCCCCCCGCCCGAAAGGGCCCGGUCUGCGCCCCACCCCCGCCCGUCCGCCCGCUACGCCGCCGCCAUGUCGGCGCAGGCCCAGAUGCGCGCGAUGCUGGACCAGUUGAUGGGCACCUCCCGGGACGGGCCCUGGUGGUGGCAACCGCCUGUGUGCCACUGAAAAUCGUGCCGAUGCCUGGCAUACUGCAUAAAUGGAAGCAGGGUACCGCGUUCAAUGUAUCUAUGCCUGCCUACUUCAAUCUGCAAGGGAGUGUCAGAAAGGCCCCGCAUUCGCCGAGCCCAGCAAAAGGGAGACACUUCAGCUGGAACAAAAUAGUGGAAGAAAUGGCGUCUGGGGUUCAGUGGGGAAUUCGCAGAGACACUACUCGUCAGCGAAUAAAAUUCAGUGAUGACAGAGUGUGCAAGAGUCACCUUCUCAACUGUUGCCCCCAUGAUGUCCUGUCUGGAACUAGAAUGGAUCUUGGAGAAUGUCUGAAAGUUCAUGACCUGGCUUUAAGAGCAGAUUAUGAAAUUGCAUCCAAAGAACAGGAUUUUUUCUUUGAACUUGAUGCUAUGGAUCAUCUGCAGUCAUUCAUUGCAGACUGUGAUCGAAGAACAGAAGUGGCUAAGAAAAGGUUAGCAGAAACUCAAGAAGAGAUUAGUGCUGAAGUGGCAGCAAAGGCAGAACGUGUUCAUGAGUUAAAUGAAGAAAUUGGUAAAUUGUUGGCUAAGGUAGAACAGCUAGGAGCUGAAGGGAAUGUGGAGGAAUCCCAGAAAGUAAUGGAUGAAGUAGAGAAGGCACGGGCAAAAAAAAGAGAAGCAGAGGAAGUUUAUCGGAAUUCUAUGCCAGCUUCCAGUUUCCAGCAGCAGAAACUUCGAGUCUGUGAAGUCUGCUCUGCCUAUUUAGGGCUUCAUGAUAAUGACAGGCGGCUGGCUGAUCAUUUUGGGGGUAAACUGCACCUGGGAUUUAUUGAAAUAAGAGAGAAGCUUGAAGAAUUAAAGAGAGUUGUAGCUGAGAAGCAGGAGAAAAGAAACCAGGAACGCCUGAAAAGAAGAGAAGAAAGGGAGAGAGAAGAAAGGGAGAAGCUGAGGAGGUCUCGAUCACAUAGCAAGAAUCCCAAAAGAUCUCGGUCCAGAGAGCAUCGCAGACAUCGGUCUCGCUCCAUGUCACGGGAACGGAAAAGGAGAACUCGAUCCAAAUCUCGGGAGAAACGCCAUCGCCACAGAUCCCGCUCCAGCAGCCGUAGUCGCAGCCGCAGCCACCAGAGAAGUGGGCACAGUUCUAGAGACAGGAGCAGAGAGCGAUCCAGGAGGAGAUCCUCAAAAGAAAGAUUCAGAGACCAAGACUUAGCAUCACGUGACAGAGACAGGAAUUCAAGAGACAGAUCACCUCGUGACAGAGAUCGAAAAGAUAAGAAGCGGUCCUAUGAGAGCGCUAAUGGCAGAUCAGAAGACAGGAGGAGCUCUGAAGAGCGCGAAGCAGGGGAGAUAUAAUUAGCUGUGUACAUAUCCUCAGUCCUUAAGCUUCCUCUGGCGUUACAUACUAUUGUUUAGUUUACAGCUGUUCGGGGUUGACACAGUGAGCAGUUCCAGACACCGAUCCAGCUAGGCUAGGUGUACAGUAUCUAACUUGAUCUGAGCUUGUUUUCUUUGGUGAAGCCUAAAGCUACAUCCAUAGUUUCUGGUGAACCUGCAAUUCUAAAAAGUACAGUUUUAUACAAUAAGACACCGAUGUCUUUAUUCUUUCUAGUAGGAGUUGAUAGUGAAAUGAAUUGUGUUACUUGCCUUGGGAUUUUUUUGAAUAUUUGUAAAAUGCUUCCUUUCUAGUCCAAACAACAGCAACAUUGGGAAUUUCUUUUUAAUCCUUUCUCUGACUCUGUAUCCUCCUGAUGCCUCUACCCUCUAAUUAAUUGUAAGAGAAAGGGGUGCAGGGAAGCAAUAUAACUUCUGUCCUAAGGUUCUGUUCCCAUUAUUACUUGCUGAUUACAGUUCAGAACAUUUAUACUGGAAUGUAUGCUGGAGAAAUUUAAAAUACUAGGAGUUUUGUUUGUUUGUCUAAUGGUGCCUAUUUUAGAGUGGGGAGUUGAACAGCUGUUGCAUUACAUAUUUGCUUUUUUAUUGAAAUUUUGAAAUCAAACGUCUUGAUUUUUCUGUUCCAUUGAAUUGCUAUGUUCAGGUUUUGAGAAGGGGGUGGGGGCAGGGACUUUCAUAAGCACUUCUUGUUUUAUUUUGUGUGUGUGGAAUAUAAAGACUACACCCUUAUUGUAAAAAGUAAUAAAAUGAAAGAAUCACCACCACCAUUAGACUGUAACUUGUCUAGUAAGUUGUCUCUAGAACUAUUUGCUGUGGCCAUUUCUAUUCUGUUGUAUCAUUAAUAGUGCCUUACUGUGCAAGGCACCAAAGGAAAGAAACAUACACUUGCAAAGAUUCAAGAUGAACUGUCACGCCACCUGGGCUCUUGCUGAACUAUAUUCCAGCUUCUCCAGGGCUGUCUGUAACACCUGCCGUAGAGGACCAGACCUGCAGAAGAAACUGGGUAUUCAUUUGUUUUGUUUUUCUUCUCAUUCAGCAAACAAAUAAAAACAUGGUGUAACCAAUGUAA